CAUUCCCUCAAGACAUCCACCCGACGACCGCGAUGGCCCCCACCAAGAAGUCCAAGGCCGCCAAGUCGACCGAGUCCAUCGCUGCGCGUCUCGCGCUCGUCGUCAAGUCCGGCAAGUACACCCUCGGGUACAAGUCGGCGCUCAAGCAGAUGCGCAACGGCAAGGCCAAGCUUGUCCUCAUCGCUGGCAACUGCCCGCCCCUGCGCAAGUCCGAGCUUGAGUACUACGCCAUGCUCUCCAAAACGACCGUGCACCACUUCGCGGGCACCAACGUCGCGCUCGGCACUGCUGCCGGCAAGCUCUUCCGCGUUGGCGUCAUGACCAUCAGCGACCAGGGUGACUCUGACUUGCUCAGCGUCACUGAGGCUCAGGCAUGAAGUAUCGCUAUCUUACGCCAUGCUGUAUGACUAUCAUUUGUUAUGAUAUAAGCAUCCAUUCGCAGCCAUCUUUGGCUC